AUAUUAUCGAUAGAAUCGAUAAUAUUGAGUACAAUAGAAAAGUAACAAAUAAGUCGUAGCAUUACCACAAAUUGUUUUCUCAACCUUAAUAUCACUAAUUAUAAUUACAUAGGUACAUUUUUAACAAAAAUCUAGAGUGAAGUUUUGAUCGUACCAUCCGUAGAUAAUACAGGUAAGGAAUAAUUCCAUAGGCUUUCGUUUCGCAUAUAUAGUCUACUAUACUAUAUAUAUAUAUAUAUAUGCUUAUAUGCAUGCCAGUCACAACUCAGGUAUUGCAGUAAGUUUUUAUAAACCGUUUACUUGUCGAGAAAUAAUUUCUUCGUUGAAAAAAAUGCGCAUAUUGAUAACAAUAAACCAACCAUCAUAUUUAACUUGAAGCGUUUCAAUUCGAUUAGCGCAUCUUAAACGAAAACUAAGAAAUACAUACACACGUUACGAAGCGGAGCUGUCACCAUAGCACUGUAAACAGAACGAGAUUGUAUUGUAUGAUUACUCGACACUUAAAAUGUCCGUGACUGAAGAGAGAAUUCAAGAAUUAAACAGACGAUUUCUGGAAUUUAUGAGUAAAAACGAGAAUGUGGAAGGUGCGACUAAAGAAAUUUAUGAUGAUCUCCUGGAUGAGGUUUUAAUGGGAUUUGUUUUCGAUGUACAUCGAACUACAAAAACUGGUAGUUCUGAUGUAGAAGAAGGCAUACCUGAUGACGAAUCUUACGCUAUUGUAGAUUCUCCAGGAUUGGAUGUUUUUGGACAACAUCCUGUCAAGAAAUCCCAAGAAUGCAAUUGCCCAAAUUGUGAUAGAGGAGUUGCAGCUUGUCGUUUUGCAACUCAUUUAGAGAAAUGUAUGGGCAUGGGACGAAAUAGUUCAAGAAUUGCAUCAAGACGCAUAGCAAAUAAUUCGAAAGAUCUCAGUAACUUCAGUGGUGUUAUAAGCGAUGAUGAUGAUGAUGUUGAUUGGAGCUUAAAUAAUGAUAAGCGUAAACGCAGGAAAGAUCGUAAUGGUAUAAAAAGAACAAAACAACAAAAAAGUAAUCAAAGGAAUGGGGAAACUGUAAGCGAACAUAUUCAUAGCAGUAAUGAGAAUUCUCCAUCAAAUUACGAAAAUAUGUCCUUGGAAGAUAAAAGGAUUUUAUUAACACAAAUCUGUGGAGUAAUAUCAGAGCACACAAAAAAGUUAUGUACAAGAUCUAUGCGGUGUCCACAACAUACAGAAGAUCAAAGGAAAGAAAUGAGAGCAAAUUUAGAAUCUGGAAACAAUAUACAACCUAGUCAAGAUAAUCUUCAUGUCGAUGUAGACACCUAUGAAGAAGGAGAUGGACAAAAUUUAAGAGAAGCAUUAGCGCGUUGGGAUCGUGAGGGAUCAAGUCACUCGAGUCCAGCGGAUUCAACAUCUACCACAUCUACAUCUUCAAUAAGUAGAAAACGAGAAACAAAAUCAAAAGGAAAAGGCAAAGGUUCCAAACGCGAUCGCGGUUCGCCCAUUUCACAAGGAGAUUAAAAUUAGUUUGUUUAAUUCAUUUUUUAAUUUUAUGAAUUUUCUAACAGGGAAAGUUAUGUAACAAUAAUGUUCCUAUGCAUUGUAUAAAGCUUUAAUAAUAUAUUAUCCACCACAAAAA